AUGGAGGCGGCCAGUGUGGAGGCGGCCAGUGUGGAGGCGGCCGGUGUGGAGGCGGCCGGUGUGGAAGCGGCCAGUGUGGAGGCGGCCAGUGUGGAGGCGGCCAGUGUGGAGGCGGCCAGUGUGGAGGCGGCCAGUGUGGAGGCGGCCAGUGUGGAGGCGGCCAGUGUGGAGGCGGCCGGUGUGGAAGCGGCCAGUGUGGAGGCGGCCGGUGUGGAGGCGGCCAGUGUGGAGGCGGCCAGUGUGGAGGCGGCCAGUGUGGAGGCGGCCAGUGUGGAGGCGGCAAGUGUGGAGGCGGCCAGUAUGGAGGCGGUCGGUGUGGAGGCGGCCAGUGUGGAGGCGGCCAGUGAGGAGGCGGCCAGUGUGGAGGCGGCCAGUGUGGAGGCAGCCAGUGUGGAAGUGGCCAGUGUGGAGGCGGCCAGUGUGGAGGCGGCAAGUGUGGAGGCGGCCAGUGAGGAGGCGGCCAGUGUGGAGGCGGCCAGUGUGGAGGCAGCCAGUGUGGAGGUGGCCAGUGUGGAGGCGGCCAGUGUGGAGGCGGCCGGUGUGGAGGCUGCCAGUGUGGAGGUGGCCAGUGUGGAGGCGGCCAGUGAGGAGGCGGACAGUGUGGAGGCGGCCAGUGUGGAGGCGGCCAGUGUGGAGGCGGCCAGUGUGGAGGCGGCCAGUGUGGAAGCGGCCAGUGUGGAGGCGGCCAGUGUGGAGGCGGCCAGUGUGGAGGCGGCCAGUGUGGAGGCAGCCAGUGUGGAGGCGGCCAGUGUGGAGGCGGCCAGUGUGGAGGCAGCCAGUGUGGAAGAGGCCAGUGUGGAGGCGGCCAGUGUGGAGGCGGCAAGUGUGGAGGCGGCCAGUGAGGAGGCGGCCAGUGUGGAGGCGGCCAGUGUGGAGGCAGCCAGUGUGGAGGCGGCCAGUGUGGAGGCGGCCAGUGUGGAGGCGGCCGGUGUGGAGGCGGCCAGUGUGGAGGUGGCCAGUGUGGAGGCGGCCAGUGAGGAGGCGGACAGUGUGGAGGCGGCCAGUGUGGAGGCGGCCAGUGUGGAGGCGGCAAGUGUGGAGGCGGCCAGUGUGGAGGCGGCCAGUGUGGAAGCGGCCAGUGUGGAGGCGGCCAGUGUGGAGGCGGCCAGUGUGGAGGCGGCCAGUGUGGAGGCAGCCAGUGUGGAGGCGGCCAGUGUGGAGGCGGCCAGUGUGGAGGCGGCCCGUGUGGAGGCGGCCAGUGUGGAGGCGGCCAGUGUGGAGGCGGCCAGUGUGGAGGCAGCCAGUGUGGAGGCGGCCCGUGUGAAGGCAGCCAGCGAGGACGCAGCCAGUGUAGAGGCGGCAAGUGUGGAGGCGGCCAGUGUGGAGGCGGCCAGUGUGGAGGCGGCCAGUGUGGAGGCGGCCAGUGAGGAGGCGGCCAGAGUGGAGUCGGCCAGUGUGGAGGCGGCCGGUGUGGAGGCGGCCAGUGUGGAGUCGGCCAGUGUGAAGGCGGCCAGUGUUGGAGGCGGCGACUGA